AUGCAUUGCUACCAACAGUACAUGUGUAGACCUCACAAAAAAUACAAAGAUUCAUACUUUGUGGGAUUCAUGACUGUUGGAAUGAGCAUGGAUGGAAUAAUCGCAAACAGUAAGUCAGAUGUGCAACCGUGUAUACAAUGUAAAGCUGUGAACGUCUGUCUCCACAUGCGCACAAUCAAACCUGUAGGACGACACUUCAUCAUCAAUUUCUCCAAGUCGGACACGUUAGCAAAGAUCGGAAGUUUUUCUGCAUAUGAGCCAGUUGAGAUUUUCGGAGUUCGAUGGAUGCUUAUUGCUUUUGCGGCACAAAAAACCUGA